CGUGUUAUAUUUACAUUUUAACGAAAAUUGUUGCCAUGAGUGGUCUGCAAGAAUCUUUGUGUAGACUUUGUCGUACAACUAUAACCGAUAAAUGUUUUGAAGUAAUAGACGACGCUACUAAAGACAUUCUACAUGUUCUUUUGUUGAAAUUGAAAUUGGAUGGUGAGAGGAAAGAGGUUAUAUGUAAUGCUUGCAGAAGAAAAUUAAAUACAGCAUUGAAAUUUAAGUCAACUUGUCUGGAUAGCGAUAAUACAAUUAUUCCACAUGUGGAUUGUGAGGGAAUGUUACAGCUCGAUAUAAGAGAAGUGUACUUGAAGGAGAAGGGAAGCAAGACGAUGGAUAUUUCAGAUAGUCAGAAAAUUUGUCGAUUGUGCAUGCAGCCAGUAGAAACUGAGUUUAGGUGCAUACGUGAAGAGGAAUGUGAAGCUAUUGAGAAAUUAGCUCCACAAAUGAUUAUAAAUAUUAUCAAAGAUCCUGUUGUAUGUAAGCCUUGCUUUGAUUCUCUGUGUACCCACAACAGUUUCCUGGGAGAUUGCUUAGAAACAGAGGGAAAAAUUAGUGAAGCCAAAGACAGUCAAAUAGAAACAUCGCCAUCUUUAUUCAUUAAAACUGAAAACUUAUAUAAAAAAUUCGAUAUUAACAAAAGGGAAUUGUCAAUUAAAGAUGAAUCUGUUGAUAUAAAAUCAGAAGAUGAAGAAAGCAGCGAUGCGCUGCCGCAGAGCUCUGAUAAUGGACCAUCCAAGAAUCCUGAUUGUAAAGAUGUAGAAGAGGAUGUGUGUAAACACGAGAUUGGAUCAGAAAGGGAAUCUGAGCAGGAGCACAAAGUAUUGUAUAAAUGUGAUAAAUGUAUUUACGAAACUGAAAGCACGACCUGUUUUGCGGGGCACUGUGUGAAACAUGAGAACGAUUCGGUAGUGUAUAGAUGUGAUUGGAAUAAGUAUGAAACUGGGAAAAAGGAAUUACUUCAGAAGGAUCUAUUGGAGCAUCAAGCUUCUUCACAGGUCCAGAUGUACAGAUGUAAAGACUGUGAUUAUGAAACUAGACACAAAUAUAAUAUCAAACAGCAUCAACUGAAACAUAAGGAUCCUUCACAGAUUCAAAUGUACAGCUGUAAAGACUGCGAUUACGAAACAAAAUACAGGAGAUCUAUCAAACGGCACCAACUGAAACAUACAGAUUCUUCGCAGGCUCAAAUGUACAGAUGUAACAACUGCGAUUUCCAAACUAAAUACAAAGAAUAUAUCAAACAGCAUCAACUGAAACAUAAAGAUCCUUCGCAGGUUCAAAUGUACAGAUGUGCAAAUGUACAGGUGUAA